AUGUUCAGGCCAACAACACGACCUAGCGCGACCGCGUCGAGCUCCCUCGACGUCAAGUUGCACAAGCGCCAGACAGUCAGCUCGGCGUCGUCGAGCGGUCGCUACCCGUACCGCCUAAACUUCUACGACCGCCCUCCAUCUCUGGACAUUACCCUCGACGAGUUUGAGACAUGCGCGAUCGACCGUCUCCGUAUCCUUUCUCACCUCGAGGCCUUGUCCCACCGCAACCUCCCACCUGCCCAGUUAUCCACCGCCAUCGCCACCUACACCAAGCAGCACCUGCCCCUGAGCGCCAACACGGCCCGCACGGCCAACCUCGACGAUGAAAGGCGUCGCGAUGAGAUUGGCCACUGGGUCCUCCGCCUUGCGUUUUCGCGCUCGCCAGAGCUGCGUGCCCGUUUCGUGCGCGCCGAGACCAUGCUGUUCCGUCACCGGUUUGAGACGGACGAUGCGUCGGAGCGUGCGGCGUUCUUGCGUCACCUCGCCCUGGACUGGGCUGUUGUCGGCGAAGACGAGCGCUCAGCGUACGAAUCUCAGCUGCGCAAGUGCAUGCCAUGGGCUCGUCCAGAGCAGUUUGCUGCUGAGAGCUGGUUCAAGGUGUCGUGGACGGCGGUUCCGGACCUCGUGGCGAAGCGCCGCGUCUUUGUCAAGCAGGGCAUGGCGUACGUCCCGCAGAGCAUGCAGAUCAGUCUGGUACUCCAGGCGUUCGACACACGCCUCACCCGCGCGCUCGAGGUUACCGCCAAGAACUUGCCCCGCCUGGAUGAGGACGAGCGUCUCGGUCCCGUCAUCGACCACCUCGCGGCGAGCUUCCUGGCUGGCGUUGGCGCCGGCGAAUACGCUCCCACAGACUCCACUGCUGCCGUCACCGCCGAGAUGGUCGACGAUGUCGCGCGAAAGCACUUCCCUCCCUGCAUGCUCAACCUCUAUGAACGCCUCAAGCGCGAUCACCACCUCAAACACUUUGGCCGUUUGCAGCUGGGACUGUUCUUGAAGGGUAUUGGACUUCCUCUCGAGGAGGCUGUUGUCUUCUGGCGGCGAAUGUACGGCUCCACGAUGACGGACGACAAGUUCAACAAGGAGUACAGGUACAACAUUCGCCACUCGUACGGCCAAGAAGGUCGUAGGGCAAACUACCCCCCAAAGAGCUGCACCCAGAUCCUUACCUCGAACCAGCCCGGCACACAGGACAGCCACGGCUGCCCGUUCCGCCACUUCUCGCCCGAAAACUUGCAGUCCUUCCUGCUGUCGACCUACCCGCAGCUCGAGCGUGGGUCUCCUGAUAUGCGUGAUAUCAUGGACAGUGUCAAGAGCAGCCAUUACCAUGUGGCGUGUACGAGGGUGUUUGAGAUUACCCACAACGUCAAGCGCGGCGAGGGACUGGGGAACAGCGAGAGUGUCAGCCACCCCAACAAGUGGACGGACAGGAGUCGCGAGCUUGAGAAGGAGAAGCUUGCCAUCCUCAAUGGCGAGGAUGUCAAGAUGGAGUGA